UUAGAUUUUAUGGAUCAUUACUUUGACUUGUUGACCUAUUUGGACAAUCGCAAACAGCGUUUAGAGCAAUUUAAAAGGCAGCUUACGGAAUCAAAGCUACCAGAAGAAAAGGUAGAUCAAGAAUGGUCCAUAUACAAUGGUCGUGAGCGAGCAUAUUUGCGUAAGCGUCGGACACGCAUGCGAAUGAGCCAUUUUCAAAUUGUAAAGCAAGUCGGACAAGGUGGCUAUGGACAGGUGUUUUUGGCUAAAAAAAAGGAUACUAGCGAACUGUGUGCUUUAAAGCGGAUGAACAAAAAGUUGCUGAUGCGUAUGGGAGAGAUUCAGCAUAUUUUGACUGAGCGAGAUAUUUUAGCGCGUACAGACUCUCCAUGGCUUGUCAAUCUGUUGUAUGCUUUUCAAGACAUGGACAAUGUUUAUCUUGCCAUGGAAUUUGUUCCAGGUGGAGAUUUCCGCACUUUACUAAAUGCCAGUGGUGUGCUUCGUCAUGAAUGUGUGCGUUUUUAUUUUUCAGAAAUGUGUGCAGCCGUUUUCUCUUUACAUAAUUUUGGUUACAUACAUCGAGAUCUCAAGCCAGAAAACUUUCUAAUUGAUGCAUCAGGACAUAUCAAAUUGACAGACUUUGGUCUUAGUCGAGGUACGCUUUCGCCUCAAAUUAUGGAAUCACUGCGUCAAAAGCUGGAGAGACUUAAAAAUGCACCAUUGACGCUUAAAAGUCAUAACGAUCGAUUCAAUACUUACAGAUCGAUGCGUAAAGAACUUCGUGCAUUUACUCUAGUUGGAUCGCCUGAUUACAUGGCACCUGAAGUGCUUGUUAGUCGAGAGCAAGGAUAUGAUUUGACUGUUGAUUAUUGGUCGCUUGGAUGCAUUUUAUUUGAGUGCUUAACAGGAUAUCCUCCAUUUACUGCAAACUCUACUGAUGAUGUUUGGUUAAAUGUGUAUCACUGGAGCAAAGUUCUUGAGCGUCCUGUUUAUGUUGGACAGGAUGAAGAGUUUAACCUUGAAGAUUGUGCCUGGGAUUUGAUCACAAAACUGAUUGCCAACCAUGAGGAUCGAUACAAAAUUCCUGAGCAAAUCAUAUCUCAUUCUUUUCUUGAACCGUAUAUUAAAUUCACUGCUCUUCGAGCUCCCGAAGGACCCAAACCUCCACUGAUUCCCAAACUCACUUCCUCAAUUGACACGUCGUAUUUUGACGACUUUAAUGAUCCAACCGACAUGGAGCGGUACAAAGAAGUUCAUCAACGCCAAACAGAUCUUGAAAAAAGCGGAUCCGAGUUGGCUGGUGUAGAUACCUGCCGCAAUCUGCGCAGUGCGUUUGUUGGAUUCACUUUUAAACACAACCAAGCAAUUCCUGAUCAUCUUCCGACUUUGGUGUAA